AUGGCCCGUGUGCGAUCCAACGACCCCUCAGCUGGCAAGAAGUCUCGAAAUGCUGCCAAAAAGAGAGGCAGAAAGACUCCAAGCACCCCGAGAGCCCACACGACUCAAGCUCGACGACCGCGUCUGCAUGGACCAUGGCCAGAAGGAGAGCGCAAGGCCAUGUACAAUACGAUGAAGUACUUCCUUGAGCACGAUCCCGACAAGGCGGACGAGAAUUUGAGGAUGUUUCUGAGCAUACAACCGUCGAUCUGGACCAAGAUCUCGAGAAAUGAGCAGUUUGAGCCGAAAGAUCUGUCGAACGAGGCUGUGGCAGGCAUCAACCAGAUCAUUUACGCCCGUGACAUUGCCAAAGACGUCGAUAUCAAGCUUCCCCAGCAAAAGGUGACUCGGGCAAUGAGGGAUUUCAACGACGCCAACAUGUGUAAGAUGUCCCAGGCCAGGUUCGACGAAUUGCAAGGCAUCAUCCGGUCUGUCGUCCCCAGAAUGAUGCUCCUGGUUCCCGAGGUCGCCCAGAACAUCGAGCCCAGCAGUCUGCCAGAGAACGUGCAGAUACUGAUCCACAAAUACCUCAACCAGCAUCUCCCUGACGAGGUCCUGGCCGACAUCUGGUGGGAGGAGGACGACGAAGAGGCAGAGAUUGAAGGCUAUGAGGCCAAUGAGGAGGACGAGGACGAGAAUGACGCCGAAGACAUGGAUCUGGACAUGGACGAGGCUGAAGAAGAGGACAAGGACGGCAAUCAAGGCCAGGAAAUGGAGCUGGAGAGGCGGUUUGUGAGCCGGGAAUUGAGCGAGACGAGCGAGGAGCUUUGA